AUGGGGUUGAGGGAGUAUCUUUUACUGCCUGGAUCAACUUCAGUUGGAUCGCGUCACCACCCCCAGUCCCGCCACUCAGCGCCCGGCUUUUCCGUUCGCGCGCUAGCCCUCGUGCCCAAUGGGACUGAGGCUUCCGUGGGCGGGGAAAAGGCGAAAGGUCAGGGCGCCCUCCCGGAAGUGGAGGCGCGGACGUCACUUCCUGCUUUUCUCUUAGACUCCGGCGGGCGCACGUGCGGCCCUGCGAGUAAUUUUUGUUUUUACCGCUGCCUUGUGCCAGGCCGCGUUACCAUGAGCUUGCCCCUGAACCCCAAGCCCUUCCUGAACGGGCUGACCGGGAAGCCGGUGAUGGUGAAGCUGAAGUGGGGGAUGGAGUACAAGGGCUACCUGGUGUCUGUCGACGGCUACAUGAACAUGCAGCUUGCAAACACAGAAGAAUACAUCGAUGGUGCAUUGUCAGGACACCUUGGUGAAGUUUUGAUAAGGUGUAACAAUGUCCUGUACAUCAGAGGAGUAGAGGAAGAAGAAGAAGAUGGGGAAAUGAGAGAAUAAGUUUGUAUAUUUUUGGAAAAUAAAGAUCAGUUUUUCACAACU